GUGAUCUUUUACUAAUUACUAAAAGAAGUGGUUCUUAUGGUCAAAACAAUGACAUUACCAUAUGAAUAAUUACAAGAAACUUCUAAUUUCCAACACAAUUUAUUCUUCAGCUCACUUACUUUCUCUUUCUGACACCAUUUCACAUGUGAGAUGAUCUCAUUUAUUAUACUUUUAGAAAGAAAUAUGGCAUUUAGUUACCUUUCUCUUUACUAACAUGUAACAUUCACGAGAACUUUGAGUUUGACAGAGAACAACAUUUUCAGAUAAAUAACACUCCUCUCUGUACUCAGUACUGUCUCUCUCCCUCUCUCUCUGUUUUUUUCUGUCUUGCUCCUUCUUCCCACGUUUUCACCAUUGCAAAGGUUUAACCUUUCAUCUUAGUAAUGAGAGAGAGUUCUAGGUAACCUGUCAGAAAUCAAAGUUGAAAAGGUAACCUAAUCCACCAUCCCCACCCAUUUCAUCAGUCUCUCUCACAUUUAUUUAUUCUCUCCUGUUACCAAUUCCAUUCCUAUUAAAGCUUCAAUCUUUGAUGAAGCUCUGAGAUAAAAUGGACAGUUUGGAGAUAUCCCACUUGGAUUUAGAAUUUGGAGAGAGGAGUGACUGGGAUAGUGUUUGUUUUUCUGAUGCUGAAGAAGGGUCUUGCAUUACGCAGUUCUUCUCCACAUAUGGUGGGUCGUACGAUGAUCAUAGCUUUGUUUGUGGGUCUGAUUAUGGAAUUUCGGAUUCCCGGAGACUGUCAUCGGCUGCAGUAUCGGAUGAUUGCUCAAUUGUUAUUGAUGGUGAAACAAUGAUAGAAGGUAAUAAGGUGGUGAAAGUGGAAAGAGAUUGUAGAAUAUGUCAUUUGACGUUGGAUCAUGAUCAACAUCAAUCUGGAAUUCAAUCUGGAAUUGCUAUUCAUUUGGGUUGUUCUUGUAAGGAUGAUUUGGGUGCUGCACAUAAACAAUGCGCUGAGGCUUGGUUCAAGAUUAAGGGAAAUACAACAUGUGAGAUUUGCAAUUCGAUAGCAGUCAAUGUUUUUGGAGAAAAUCAAAAUGAGACAUCCAUGGCCGCAACCCAACAACAGCAGCAGCAGCCGGCAAAUGCGUCGACAAUUGGUGCAUCAGUUGCAGCAAUGGCGGUUACUUCUUCGUCCUCUGUAGAAGAAAGGAGGCGUUUGGAUGGUCAAAAGCUGGUGAAUAUCCUCCUUGCUUGCAUGGUUUUUGCGUUCGUCGUAUCUUGGCUCUUCCAUUUCAACAUCCCUUCGUGAUUCAAGAUGAACGCUGAAUUUGAUUUGAUUUGGUUUGCGUAAUUAUAUAAUGUAUCAAGUUUAAUUGGUUUGAAUGAAAUGUUAUUAGUUUCAUCAUCUUUU